AUGGCGCGAGGAACCAGCGGCCGCCGGAAGCAGUCCGUCGCGGACAAGCAAGCCGUGCAAAAGCCAAAGGAGGGCAACCCUAAAAGCAUGGUUAUUCGGAUAGGUGCCGGCGAAGUCGGAUCCAGCGUCACGCAAUUGGUUCAGGACGUACGACAAGUCAUGCAGCCAGACACCGCAGUGCGAUUAAAGGAACGGAGAGCGAACAAACUCCGAGACUACACCACCAUGGCCGGCCCUCUCGGCGUAACCCACCUCCUCCUCUUCUCGCGCUCCGAGUCUGGGAACACAAACAUGCGCCUCGCAAAGACACCCCACGGUCCCACCCUCCACUUCCGCGUCGAGAAAUACUCGCUGUCGAAAGACAUCAUGAAGAGCGUCAAGCACUACCGCGCCGACGCGAAUGCUUACAACGUCGCUCCCCUCCUAGUAAUGAACAACUUCCUCACUUCAGACGCCGAUCGCGAUAAGUUGGGCGAGGCAGCACCGCCAAAACAUCUCGAGAAACUAGUCACAGAUAUGUUCCAGGGCCUGUUUCCGCCUAUUCAACCGCAUACUACGCCUUUACACACGAUUAAACGGGUAUUACUUCUCAACCGCGAGCCGCCGAAGGAGAAUGACAAUGGAACAAUUACGGUUAGCGUAAGACAUUAUGCUAUUACAACCAAAAUAACUGGGGUACCGAAAGCAAUACGGAGGUUACACGCUGCAGAGAAGCUCAUUAAGAGUCGGGAGAAGAAGGGCCGGGGACUGCCAAAUCUGGGAAAGCUCGAGGACGUAGCAGAUUAUAUGCUGGAUCCAUCCGCCGCAGGGUACACAUCUGCUAGCGAUACGGAAGCUGAUACGGACGCUGAGGUCGAGGUCACCGCGCCGGUACGGACAAAGGUCAUGUCGAAGAAGGAGCGUGAGCGCCUGAAGUUGGGCGAAGGAGCAUCAAAGUCGAAAGCGAGCGGGCCGAGGGUCGAGAAGCGCGCUGUUAAGCUUGUCGAAAUUGGUCCGAGGCUGAAGUUGAGGCUGACAAAGGUGGAGGAGGAUGUUGCUGGUGGGAAGGUCAUGUGGCACGAGUUUGUCACAAAGACUAAAGAAGAGCAAAAGGAAUUAGAUGUUCUGUGGGAGAAGCGCAAUAAGGAGAAGGCAGAGCGAAGGAGGAUCCAAAGGGAGAACAUCGAAAAGAAGAGGAAGGAGAGGGGUGAGAAGGGCGAAGACGAAGUGGAUGAGGAUGAAGAGAUGGAAGAUGUUGACGAGUAUGACAUGGAUGACGAUGUCUGGCAUGAUGAGGAUGGAGAGGUUGAGGAGGAUGAAGAUGAUGAUGAAUAG